UUUUUUUUUUUUUUUUUUUUUGUGGCAACAGGUGUGAUUGCUGUUUUGUUUGCAUAUAUUUAUUGAUGAAAAUAUCAUUAAAAAAAUCAAGGUGAAUAAAUAAUUAUAAAAAAAAAAGCCAAGUGUACUUGAACAAAAUCACAUAGAUUGAUUGCUAAACUGAUUGACAAUAAAAAUGGCAAAAAAAGUUGAAAGUAUAUUUAAUUCACCAAUGGCAUCAAUAGAUGCACCAAUGUAUGUGGAUUUUAGCCAGGGAACACCAAAUGCAUCAGCUAAAUUAGAUGAUUUUUUUGACAUAAUACAUCCUGAACAUGAUGAUGACUUUGGUACUAAUGAUGAGCUUGCAUCACCUUUAGAUUUUGUUGAGUCAAAUAAUAUUGUAUCAACACCAUCAUCAGACGGUGAAUUUCUUAAAAGUUUAAAUACAAUUGAAAUGACACCAAUUAAAGUUAUUAAAAAUACAAAUACAACUUGUGUUCUUGAUGAAACAACAGUUGGUACUGUUUUUGAUAAUGUCAAUAAUAUAUUAGCUUCAAUAUCAAAAAAUAAAAAAAUGUUACAUUCAAAUUUAGAUAAAUCAUUACAAAAUGAUCAUGUUAAUCCAAUUAAAUCAUCAAAAAAAAUAAGAAUAUCAAAAUCACUUCAUAAUACAAUAACUGAAACUGAUGAAAAUCUUGAUGAUAAAAUAAAAAUAGCUAAAAAAACAAGAAAAUCAAUUGCAACAAGUUUAACAAUUGAUAAUACACAAAUACCACUUGGUUCUAAAGUUAAAGUUAAUUUAACAGCUGAUGAUGAAUUUAAUAUUGGUGAAAUGAAAAAAAUUAUAUAUAAACCAAUUAGAAUGGGUACAAGAGUAACUCGUUCAAUGAAAAUGAAUAAUAGCCAGAUUAAUAAUUGUGAAACAAAUCAAGUUGAUGAAUUAUCAAAUAAAGUACAAAAUGUAUCACUUGAUGAAGAUGAAGAUGAUGAUGAUGAUGAUGUUGAUAAUAAUGAUACAUUGAUAUCUCAAGAUGGUGCUGAUAGUCAAGCAGAUACAAUGAAUUCAAUUGAAGCUAAAAAAGAUUGUCAGUCAUUAAAAUUAGAAGAUAAAAAAAUUACAAUUGAUAAUGUUAUUAAUUCAGUUUCUCGUGAUGUAAUUUCAUCAAUUUCAACAACUGGUAUUCAACAACUUUUGGCACAAGGAAUUCCCCUUGAUAUGCCAAGUAUGAAUGAAUCUCGAGAUACAUUUACAAAAAUUUUAGAAACAGCUAAAGAAAUUAAAACUUUAGUUAAAACAAAAAAUGAUAAACCUGAUAAUGCAACAACAGACUAUCAAAAUGUUGAUAAUAUUGAAAAAUUUGAAGUACAUCAAAUGAAUUAUGAUGAAAAAAAACCAAUUAAAACACGUAGUGGUGGUGUUAAAUCAACUGUAUUAGCAACAACACAUGCACGUAGACGUAGCAGUAUAAUGCCAAUACGUUCAACAACAAAUAAAUAUAUUAGUGUUGCUGAAGCUAUUAAGAAAUUUCAUCGUGCAACACCUGAUCGUUAUCAUACUAAAAAACCAGUAUCAAAAGAAAUACAAAAAAUUAUGAAAUACGAGCCAAAAAGUACUGUACCAGUAUCACCAGCAUUAAGAUCAAAAUCACGUACAAGAAAAAAUCAUGUAUUAUCACAAGCUGAACGUGAAGAAUUAGAAUUACAAGAAAUUAAAAAACAUAAAUUACAACCAAAUCCAUUACGUAAAAGUAUAUUAGCUGCUGCAAAACCACUUAAAGAAGUUGCUAAAAAACCACCAACAAUGCCAAAACCAUUUCAUUUAACAAAAGUUAAUCAAAAACCACCAACAACAACAACAAAAUUUAACAAUGAUAAACCAUCAACAUCAACUGAUCAUAUUUAUCAAUCUAAAAAAACAGUUCUUCCUAAAAAAAAUAUUGUACCAACAAUUGUCAGUGCAAAUAAUGGUUUAGCUGUAACACAAACUCAAAUAUUACAUUUUGGUAUACCAACAAAUCCAAAUAGAAAAACACUAACAACAACAACAGCAACAUCAACAGCAACAACAACAGAUCGUCAUGAUAAUAAAAAAAAAAUUAUACAUCCAUUAUCAUCAGCAUUUGAUGAACGUAAUAAACAAUUUUUAGAAAAAAAAGAACAAAAAAUUAAAAAUUUACAAAUUAAAGAAGCUGAAAAAUUAAAAUCUGAAUUUCAUGCAAGACCAGUACCAUCAAUUAUUAAAAAAUCAAUUAAAAAAACUGAUAAUAAUCAUGAUGAUAAAUUAAAUGAUAAUAAUAAUCAUCAUAGUGUAACAAAAUCAGCUCCAUUUAGUUUUGAACAACGUGAUAAAUCAGCAUUAAAAAAAAAAGAAGAAUUACGAAAAAAAUUAGAAAAAGAAGAAUGUAAAAAACGAGUAUUUCAUGCAAAUCCAGUACCACAUUUUAAACCAGUUAAUGUUCGUACUAUAUCAAAAGAAAGUUUACAUAAAGAUGAUAAAAUUCAACAACGUAAUAAUAAUACAAUUAAAAAAAUUGAAAAAUCAAAAUCAUAUGAUAAUCUUGGUGUUAAAUUAAAUAUAUCAUCACGUGUACGUGCAACAUCAACAGAUAGACUUAAUCGUGGUGUUUUAAGUGAUAAGUCAAAACAAAUUAGUCGUGGUAAUUCACGUGAUAAUUUAAAACCAAUUAGUCGUGGUAAUUCACGUGAUAAUUUAAAGCCAAUUAGUCGUGCUAAUUCACAUAAAAAUAUCAAUGAUCAAGAAAAUAAAGCACCAAAUAAUCAAAUUGGUAAUAAUAUGCCAGCAUUAAAACAAAAACUUCAACCAUUUGAAUUACACAGUGAUAAAAGAGCAAAAUUACGUCGUGAAUUUGAUGAAAAUAUACGUCAAAAAAUUGAAUAUGAUGAAAUGAAAAAAAAACGUGAACAAGCUGAAAAACUAGCACGUGAACAAUUGGAAAUUAAUGAAAUGCGUAAAAAAGCUGAAAUAAAAGCACGUCCAAUGCCUGUAUUUAAACCACCUGUUCAUAUUAAAUCAACUAAAGCACUAACUGCACCAGAAAGUCCAGCAUGGUCAAGACGUCUUCAACCAAAAUAAAAAAAUAUUCUUUUGUCUUUGUCUUUUU